GUCGAGAAGAAUCGUCUACAGCAAAAAUGUUCAGAAUAAUAUUCUUCGUUGUAAUAAUUAUUGUGAACGUUAAGUAUAAUAACGCAAGAGACGCAAAUGGUAUAAAUAUAAUUGAACACAAAUUUAUCACAAACAAAAAUGAUCUCAUUAUUAAUAGUUUUAUAAAAGAUAAUCUAAGUAUUAGAUCUAAAAGAAGUCUCAGAAAUGCAGAUGAAAAAAUUGAAAAUCUCGAUGAAAUUAAGAAUACAGGCAAAGUUGUCGAUAAAGAAAACGUAACAGAAAAAUGCGUUGGUGACGCUGAAUACUGUAACAUGACUAAAGAGGACUACGUAGCGAUGUUAAAUGAUUACAUAUAUCCACAGACUUAUGAAUGGAUACUUAUAGGCACUCACACAGCUGUCUUCGUCAUCGGUCUUGUUGGAAAUACGCUUGUCUGUGUAGCUGUUUAUAGAAAUCAUUCAAUGCGAACUGUGACGAAUUAUUUCCUUGUGAAUUUAGCGGUUGCCGAUUUUAUGGUGUUGCUAUUCUGUUUACCGGCGACUGUUUUAUGGGAUGUCACGGAGACAUGGUUCUUAGGAGACGUUCUGUGCAAGAUAUUGCUUUAUUUUCAGUCAGUAUCGGUGACGGUAUCAGUGUUGACUCUGGCGUUCAUCUCAGUCGACCGCUGGUAUGCCAUUUGCUAUCCACUCAAGUUCAAAUCGACGAUCAACCGCGCGAAGACUGCCAUUUUUGUCAUAUGGGCUGUAUCUUUAUUGUUCAAUACUCCUGAAUUGGUAGUACUGACAACAGUGAAGACAGUCCCUCUCCGCUUUGAGUUGGAAUAUCUCGUCCAAUGCACAGCGAUAUGGUCAUCAACUAGCGACCUUGUGUGGCAUAUCAUUAAAGUUGUUUUUAUAUACACAAUACCUCUAAUUUUGAUGACGAUGGCGUAUCACCAGAUCGUUAGGAUUCUUUGGAGUUCUGAGAAGAUCCCAGGACACGCGGAAACUACGAAGCUGGCUCCAGCUGAACAAACGCAACUAAGCUCACGUCGGAAGGCCGCGAAGAUGUUGGUAGCGGUCGUCAUAAUGUUCGCCGUUUGCUAUUUUCCCGUUCAUCUACUGUCCGUGCUCAGAUAUGUGCUUGAUAUGAAACAAAACGAUCUCAUCACGUUCCUCGCUCUGAUAUCUCAUGUUCUCUGCUACGCAAAUUCAGCUAUCAAUCCAUUGAUUUACAACUUUAUGAGCGGUAAAUAUCGAAGAGAAUUUCACCGAGCAUUCUGCUGUUCGACGAGACUUACACACGAUACGCUGACAACGAUGACUCGCUUAACAACAUCCAAGAAGAAAUACGACCAAGCACCAGAAAAACUUCAACGUUGCGACCACAUGUCAUUAAAACAUCAAAUACCAAGUCACCUUCCCAUAUCGAGACAUAACUAUAACCACACAUCGUUAAAAGAACAAGGAUAUGACCAUAAUAAAUUUAGUGGUCAUUGUGGUCACAUGUCGCUACAAUGCCUUAAAUGCGACACAAAAAUAGAUAAAACUUGUGACCACAUGUUCUCAAACUGUCACAAAUUUGACCACAUAAACUUAAAAUGUCAGAACUGUGAUCACAUGUUUCACAACAAUAAAUGCAAUUUAAUGAACAACGGUCAAAGACGAUACAAGAAUGUUUGUACUUAUAAUAAUAAUUGUUCUAGAACAUAAUAUAGUAAGAAUCUGUCCGAAUAGAAUAUGUUAACAGUUACAUUAUUGGUAUAAAUAAAUUAAAAUAAAUAUGAUUAAAAACAAUUAAAAUUCCAAUAAAAUGUUCGUUACGAUUAUUACGUUAAAUAUAAUUUAAAAAAAGCCGUCGUAAUUAUACUGACCGGAAGCAGUGAUUUGAUGUGAAUGACUUAAUGUUUGAGUACUGUGUACAAUAAAGAAUAUUUAUUUUUAAAUAUUACUAGUAAAAUUACUUCUUUAGUGUAGCAUUAUUGUUUAUUUGGUGGAAGGGCUUUAUGUAA